AUGACUAAUAUGGAAUUAGAACGCCUUCGGAUGACAGAUUGUAUUGAAUCUCCCGAUCGGCCUCCUAUGAACCAGGAGCAGUACGAUAAUGAGUACGGGGCUCAUAAGAAGGAUGAUGACAAGCCAGUCGUCAGCACUAUCAAAAAAAAGGUCAGAAAAAGUUGUGUUGCUUUCACUGGGUGGAGGCCUCUUUUAAACUCACUGUUGGGUUUUAUGCCUAUAUUGGACUGGUUACCGAAAUAUAGUUUCCGAGCAGACUUCCCAUCUGAUGUGAUAGGCGGUUUGACCACUGGUGUCAUGCACGUUCCUCAAGGAAUCGCCUACUCUAUUCUUGCUCAUGUUGAUCCUGUUUAUGGUCUUUAUGCUUCAUGCUUCCCGGCUUUCUUCUACAUGUUUUUUGGAACAUCACGUCAUACAUCACUAGGAUCUUUCGCUGUUGUUGCCCUGAUGGCAGGUGUCGCAAACGACAAAGUAAUGGAAAACUAUAGAAACGUCACCUCUCUAGAGAGCGGAGAAGAGCUGGUUUCGUACACGGUUUCAACAAUCGAAGUUGCUACAACACUCACGUUUGCCAUGGGCUUAUGGCAGAUAGCCUGUGGAGUUCUCCGAUUGCAGUUUCUCAUGACUUAUCUCUCCGAUGCUUUAGUAGCUGGAUUUACAACUGGAGCUGCUGUUCAUGUGCUCAUUUCUCAAAUUGAUGAUAUAAUGGGAGUCGAUGUACCCAAGGCCUCUGGACCAGGAUACAUUUUUGUGCGACUGUACGACUUGUGUACUCUGUUACCACAAGUUAAUCUUAUUUCAUUAGGAAUUUCUCUUUUCUCCAUACUCUUUCUGCAUUUCGGUAAAGAAUACUUUGCUCCAUUCGUUGUCAAGAAAACGAAAUGCACACUUCCUAUUCCUUUCGAACUGAUAUUGUUGAUCAUAAUGGCGGCACUUUCACCUUUACUAUCUUUGAGCAAAAGCUAUGAUGUCAUGGUUGUCGGCAAUAUCCCAGCCGGUGUACCUCGCCCAGAGCUACCAAACUUCUUCAUACUAAAAGAUUGUCUGAUUCAAUCUAUUGGAAUAGCUGUAGUUACCAUUGCUAUCCAUGUUUCUAUGGCCAAAAUGUUAGCAAAAAAACUCAAUUAUAAGAUAGAUACAAACCAGGAGCUUUAUGCUCUUGGAUUCGCAGACACUCUUGGCGCCAUGUUCCCGGUCUACCCUGUGUCCACAGCUCUGGGAAGAACAAUGGUCAGUGUCAAGACAGGAACUAGAACCCAACUUUCUACCGUGUUCAGUUGUAGUUUAUUAUUGGCAAUUAUCCUAUUUCUCGGCCCACUACUUGAGCAGCUUCCUAAGUGCGUUCUGGCAUCCAUCAUCGUUAUUGCAUUACAAUCUAUGUUCCGCAAGUUCAGUGAUUUAAAGAAAUUGUGGCCAGUGUGCAAAUCUGAUUGGUUCAUUUGGUUAGUAGCCUUCCUAAGUACUGCUUUCAUCGAUGUCAUGGAAGGCUUAGUUCUUUCUCUAGUGUUUGCUAUCAUGUCUGUUAUAUUCCGAACACAAUGGCCUAGAUGGAGUUACGUAAUUGAACAGCCAGGGGCUGUCGAUACAGAUAAUGAAGGUUUCAAGCAUUAUGGCAAUAUGGCUUUGUUCAAGUUCCAUUCUCCUCUCUUAUUCACAAACGCUGAGAACUUCCAAAGUUGCAUUUCAAAAACUAUGAAUGCUUGGGAUGAGGAGCUGAACAAGGAGUGCGCUAAUAAACGUGGAUUAGAUGACUGUAAUAUUCCAUUGGAGAGUAUUCCUCGUUUUCUUCUAAUCGACUGCUCUGGAAUAUCAUAUAUUGAUCAUAUGGGAAUAUCAGUAUUAAAAGAAACUGCCAAAGAAUUGAAAGAUCGAAAUACAAAUAUCUCGCUCAUUUCGGUGAAUGAUGAUGUACAACAAGUUAUGAAAUCGAGUAAUUUCUUCAAUAUUGUUUCAAAGGAUCAGUUCUUCCCAACUAUCCGAGAUGCUAUUGCUAUAGGAAAUCGAAACACAUACGCGUUAGAUUUAUUGAGCACGAAGAAAGUUGAGAAUAGACCAGAAGAAUCGGCUAGUUCUUUAAGCGAAGCUGAUAGGAACUUGGAAGAAAUUUCAAAUCGCUUCAAAGUGAAUCCUGAUCAGAAGACUCAUCAUAUUGUCAGACUUUCCUCGACAGAUGAAUGA